UGACAAGCUGUUUAAAAUGCUAACAAAAAAAGCAUAUGAUUUUAUUCUUUGAAACAAUUCCAGACAGUUGAAAAACCAACAAACACAAAAGGUACUCCAGUAAAAUGGCGACUAGCUCGAUGUACGUGGACGAAAACGUAGAGAACAGGGGCUGCAAAGGUAAGAUGCCAGUUUUACGCCAAACACGCAGCGAGCGCAAGGUGCUUGGCGAGAUCAAGAAUGUUAUACACACAAAGCAGGAAACAAAGACGACAGCCAACCCCCAAGAGGAGACGCCGAUCCCGAAGAAAGUCGCCAGGGAGAACAAUUUCCUCAACGUGACAGCCUACGUCAACGAUAUUUACAAGCAUUUGAGGAGGAUUGAGAAAAAACUGCUAGUGAGCGAGAACCACCUGGAAGGGCAGCAGAUCACCGAGAAGACCAGGGCAGUCCUUGUCGACUGGCUGGUCAAGAUCCAAAGCCAUUUCCAACUGCUCCAGGAGACAUUACAGCUCACCGUCCACAUAAUUGACAGCUACAUCGAAAAGAGUAAAUCCGUAACGAACAACAACGCUCAGUUGAUUGGUCUGGCGGCGAUCUUUCUGGCUUCCAAAUACGAAGAGACGGACGCUUUAGAAGUAGCGGACCUUCUUUUCGUCUGCAAUGAGGAGCUCCAGGAGCACGAGAUCCUGAAGGCCGAGGGCGAAAUUCUGAAGUGUCUCGACUACAACCUCGGGCACCCUGUGCCUUUGCACUUCAUCAGGAGGUAUUCGAGGGUGGCCGGAGCCACCCCUGCCGAACAUUCUCUCGCAAAGUACAUCUCGGACAUGACCCUCCUCGACGCGGCUUUCUGUCACGUCAAGCCCUCGAUGAUCGCAGCGACGUCCGUCGUCCUCGCCUUCUGCGUCGCCCGAAACAAAAUCCACCCGGAAUUCUGGACGGUCGGCCUCAUACAUUUCUCCACCUAUAAACUCUCCGACUUCUUCGAUCUGAUCCCGAAGAUCGCCACCCUGAUCGUAGAUAGCUCCAGUAGUAAAUUGCAGUCGAUUAGAAGAAAGUAUUCCAAGGCGCAGUCGUACUGCGUUAGUCUCAUGCCUGGGGUACAGCCUGUAACUGGUAUAAUUAAUCAGUUCUGUGAAAAGUCACAUAGUAUAAUAAAAUAAUAUAUCGCAAUAAAACAAUAUUAAUAUC